AUGAGCAAGAUCGCAAUCAUUGGGGCCACCGGCCGUGCGGGUAGCCAACUGUUGGAAGAAGCCUUGCGCCGUGGGCAUAGCGUUGUGGCCAUUGCGCGUAAUACCGAAACG